CUGAAAGACAAGGGAGUACAUGCACUAUCGGCCUUUGUCUUCAUUGCUGAGUGUUAUGUGCCUUAGUUCCCAGGCUUGAUACGAAACUACAAUCGAGCUGGGGGUCUCAAUGGAAGCAGCCUCUCUAUUCCUACGUGGUAGAGGUUUUAACUAAAAAGCACAAUGGGCGGUGGUAGGGUUGCUCACCCAGUCUUGAAAGGCCCUAGCGUGGUGAAGGAGCUGGUUAUCGGGGCGGUGCUUGGGUUAGCUGCCGGUGGUUUAUGGAAGAUGCACCACUGGAACGAGCAGAGAAAAACAAGGGCCUUUUAUGACUUGCUCGAAAAGGGUGAGAUCAGUGUGGUCGUAGAAGAAGAACAAUGAUCAUUGCCAUGUCAGUUUCCUCAUCAUUAAUCAGAGAUGGUUAAUUUCGUUUUAUAAAAAUCAUAAAAGAAUAGCAUUGAAGCCGAGUUCUAACUUGCUCAUUUGUUAAAAUAACAUGUUGGACCGCUGCUUGUUGAUUUAUCAAUGGUAUUAAGUUUCUCUUUCCAAACCAAGCUGGUCAGCCGGUUUGAGAUGUAAAUGGUUAUUGUCAUGCUUUGAUCUUUGACGGUUUAGUGGUCAAGUGCUCUUCAGCAAUCAAGGCACAAUGUGCUUUCUAAAUCUCACA